AUGGCAGAGAAGUGCGACUGCAUCGCCAGCAUGUACGGAUAUGACCUGGGCUGUCGCUUCAUUAACUUCCGACCCUUAGGCUUCGGGGCCAAUGGGCUGGUGCUGUCAGCCCUCGACAGCAAGAGCUGCCGCAAAGUGGCAGUGAAAAAGAUCACCAUCAGCGACGCGCGCAGCAUGAAGCACGCCUUCCGUGAGAUCAAGAUCAUCCGCCGCCUGGACCACGACAACAUCGUGAAGGUGUACGAGGUGCUGGGCCCCAAGGGUGCCUGCCUGCGUGGGGAUUUCUUCAAGUUCAACAUGGUGUACAUCGUCCAGGAGUACAUGGAGACAGACCUGGCGCGCCUGCUGGAGCAGGGGAAGCUUGCCGAGGAGCAUGCCAAGCUCUUCAUGUACCAGCUGCUGCGAGGGCUCAAGUACAUCCACUCGGCCAACGUCCUCCACCGCGACCUCAAGCCGGCCAAUAUUUUCAUCAGCACAGAGGACCUGGUGCUGAAGAUCGGAGACUUCGGGCUGGCCAGGAUUGUGGAUCAGCAUUACUCACACAAGGGUUACCUUUCUGAAGGCUUAGUGACAAAAUGGUACCGCUCCCCCAGGCUCCUCCUCUCGCCAAACAACUACACCAAAGCCAUCGACAUGUGGGCAGCUGGCUGCAUUCUUGCUGAGAUGCUGACGGGAAGGAUGCUCUUUGCUGGGGGUCAUGAGCUGGAACAGAUGCAACUUAUUCUGGAGACAAUUCCAGUUAUCCAUGAGGAGGACAAAGAGGAGCUGCUCAAAGUGAUGCCCACGUUCAUCAACAGCACCUGGGAAGUGAAGAAGCCACUGCGUAAGCUGCUCCCCGAAGUGGACAGUGAAGCCAUUGAUUUUCUGGAGAAAAUACUGACAUUUAACCCUAUGGAUCGAUUAACGGCUGAGAUGGGUCUGCAGCAUCCUUACAUGAGUCAGUAUUCCUGUCCCGAGGAUGAACCAGUGUCUCAGCAUCCAUUCCGGAUUGAGGAUGAGAUUGAUGAUAUUUUACUGAUGGAAGCCAGCCAGAGCCAGAUGUCUAACUGGGACAGGUGUCCCAGCCAGUAUCAUGUAAGCCUCUCCUCUGACCUGGAAUGGAGACACGAUAAAUAUCAUGACAUGGAUGAUGUUCAGCGGGACCCUCGGGCAGGGUCUGAAUCCAUCGCUGAGGAAGCACAAGUUGAUCCACGGAAAUACUCACAAAGCAGCUCAGAGAGGUUCUUGGAGCUCUCCCACUCAUCCAUGGACCGAGUAUUUGAUGCUGAUUGUGGAAAAUCAUGUGAUUACAAAGUGGGGUCACCUUCCUACUUGGACAAAUUGCUGUGGAGAGACAAUAAGCCCCAUCACUACUCAGAACCCAAAUUGAUUUUAGAUUUAUCCCACUGGAAAAGAGCAGCCAUAGCACCCACAGCUGAGCUGUCACUAGAAGAAGAACCAUCCAACCUCUUCCUGGAGAUUGCUCAGUGGGUGAAGAGCACGCAGGUGGGUCUUGAGUGUCCCAGUCCACUUCCAGAGAUUCAGGAACGGAGCCUGCCAUCUUCUCCUCACCACCUCCACAAAGAACCCACAGAGGUGAACAGCAAAAAAGACUCUGAGUUUGAUUUGGAUGUCUUCAUCUCUAGGGCACUGAAACUUUGCAAAAAACCUGAAGAUCUUCCAGACAGCAAGCUUAAUGACAUCAAUGGGGCCUGCAUAUCUGAGCACCCCAAUGAGAUUGUACAAACAGAGGUGUAUCAGAAAGACCGAUGGUGAGGAACCCACACCCAGGAAACCCUGAUGCCUCUUCUUGUUCCUCUCUAAUGGUGUGGCCAUUGCCUGGGGCUGUGAGCAUCUUACGUCUGUCAUUGAGCACCCGUUUUUUACACUAUACUGAAUGCCUUUUUCUGAAAAGGCAAGCACAAACCAUGUGCCCCUUUUGAUGCCUUAGAAAUACAUUUAAGGGAAUCAAGAGGUGUGAAUAAAAUACUGAGUUUCUUAUACUGCCUUAACACUCUUGCCUUGCAAUCUCUGGGACCUGUUUGAAACUUAAAUGUACAUGGGGAAGAUGACAGUACAUAGUAAGUUUACAAACAGGAGUCAAAUCAACUCAUUUUACUUUCUUUUUCUAUAGCAUCUUAAAAUGACGAGGACAAAAAUCAGCAUUUUCAUUAUGGUCAGAUAACCCUCCUGGCUUGAUAGAUCCCCAAAACAGCAAACUUCGAGCUCCUCUGAGGCACCCAUGCACGUACCGACCGUAUGGAGAGAAGCAAUGCCAGGCAGUGGUCAGCUGCCAGUUAGCAGAGAACAGAACCAGAGAUAGAUUUUGGCCAUCAGACAGGAAAUAACUCUGAGAAUGUUAAUGGGGAAGGAAUUUGACCUACAAAAUAUGGGCCACUCGGGACUUUAUUUUAUUUUUUCUGAUGGGAAGACAAUAUUUUUUGCUAAGCGUAUUCUCCUUGUUUGGUUUCUCACACAUAAAUGUUCCCUUCAGUUGCACGGGGUAGAUCUGAGCUCUCUGAGUACUUAGAAGGCUCCAUACAUGAUGCAUUGCAGUGUAACAACCUGGUGCUGCGAGUCCUCACUCGGGCAGCUGCCCAUCAGACCAGCAAAUUCUGGUGGUAAGUUCUGGACAGGAGUAAACAGCUAGAAGCGGGGUGUCUCACGGUGUGAUGCUGCUUGGCACUACCAGCUACACAGACUCAGCAAGGGCACCCACCUUUGCUAAUAAAAAAUGAAUGGAAGUACUACUAUUUUACCUUCUGACAGAGAUUGUGUGAAGAAGACAACAGUUCCUGUGGCAGCAGAUUCACAACUGGCCACUUGGCUUCCAGCUCCUUUGGAAGAUACUAGUGUCAGCAGGCAACUGAGCAUGGUUUGUAAAUAGACAACAACUGAUCUACUGUAACUUAUGUUUUCAUCUACACUUCUAAGCACCUUAAUAAUUAAUCAGCUAACAAGAGUUUGUAUAUGGAAGAAAAGUUCUAUACUUAUAUUUAAUCAAAUUCAGCAGUUUUUUAAAUGGAAAAUCUGUAAAUAGUGUCAUAAAAGCCAGUCUCUGCUUUCCUUGCCAUCAUGUCACUGUGCUCUCCAGCAUGGCAGCACUACUUUCAUUUGUAAAAGAGAAACUCCUGUAUUUAGUAACUCCAAGGUCCGUAUUUAACUAUUGCUCCUAUGCGAAUUAUUUCUACUCUUCUAACAAGCAAUCUACUAAAUGUUCUGAGAUCUGAAGAAAACUGUGAGACUCAGAUCAUAAUUAACAGCAGCAUUUACUAUAUUAACCCUGCCUUCUGUUCUUGGUGGGAUCAGGAACAGGUUUAGCUGUAGGAAAGCUUGUGCUAAGCACUGACAAGCCCAAAAACUUUUUCUAAUUGAGCAGAUCUCUCUUUAGCUGAUGAAAAUGCAGUUACCACAGCUGAUCAGCAGCAUAGGUGU